AUGCGGCAAAGCGCUGCCUGGGGCUGGUCCAGGGGCUCCACCGCCCGGCCCAAAAUAGCUAGCAUGGCAGAAUCUCCUUUGGUUGCUGCCACCUUUGCGCGCCAUGAUACCCCCACUUUCGCACACCUGGCACUUCCGGAACGAUACUUCAAGAUGGUGGUCCUCGCAGCUUCGAUCUGUACCCGUGGAGGGAAAGCUGUCCUCUCGAGGCAGUUCCGUGACAUGCCACGAUCGAGAAUAGAGGCACUCUUGGCGUCGCUUCCCAAACUUGCGGAUAGCGGCACGCAGCAUACUACCAUCGAGCAGGACAACGUGCGAUUUGUUUACCAACCAUUGGACGAGCUCUACAUGGUGCUCAUAACUAACCGCCAAUCCAACAUCUUGCAAGACAUCGACUCGCUUCACCUGUUUGCUCAGGUUGUGGCCAGCGCCUGCCGAACCCUUGAUGAGAGAGAGAUUCUCCGAAAUGCAUACGAACUACUCAGCGCCUUCGACGAGAUCGUCACCCUCGGCUACCGCGAAAACCUGACCAUCACCCAGAUCAGGACAUUCCUCGAAAUGGAGAGUCACGAGGAGCGCGUCCAGGAAAUCAUUGCUAGAAACAAGGAGCUCGAGGCCACCGAAGAGCGCAAGCGCAAGGCCAAGCAGCUCGAGAUGCAGCGCAAAGAUGCAGCUCGCCUCGGCGCCUCCCGCACCAGUGUACCGCGCACCCCUACCUACCAGUCAUACCAAUCUCCUUCAUCGAAUACCGCAAACUCCUACGACUCUUACGAGGCUGAGAAGAACAAGACAUAUACCAAAGCGUCCGCUCCUAAAGGUAAGGGUAUGCAGCUUGGGAAGAAGUCGAAGACUACCGACAUGUUCGAGCGCGUACGUGGGGAUAUGGGCGGCGAGAUUGAUGAUACGCCUUUGGUGGCACCUUCACCUGCUGCCGCCGCUGCGCCUGCUGAACCCCGUACCUCUUCCUCCAUGGACCGCGACGCCAUUCAUGUCACCGUUUCCGAGUCUAUCAAUGCCAAUUUGUCUCGCGAAGGCGCUGUUCAGUCACUCGCCGUUACCGGCGACUUGACAUUGCGAGUUUCAGACGCUAGCAUGACCAAGAUUAAGCUGGCGUUGCAGGCUGUGCCUUCUCACGGCGCUCAGUUCCGCACACACCCCAAUGUCGACCGCAACAUCUUCAACACCUCUAAGGUCAUUCAAAUGAGCAACACGGCUCGAGGAUUCCCCGUCAACAAUGCCGUCGGUGUCUUGCGCUGGAGAGCUACCCCAAAGACCGACGACCCCUCGACCUGUCCCAUCACUUUCACCGUCUGGAUCAACAAGGACUCGUCCAAGUUUAACAUUACUGUUGAAUACGAGCUCACUGGCGGCGAUUCUCUCCGCGAUGUCAGUGUCAUCAUACCGUACCAGGGUAGCGAACCUGUGGUCUCUAGUUUUGACGCCUCUUACGAAGUCGCUGGCGAUAUGCUGGAGUGGAACAUUGGCUCUGUUGACGAUGAGAACCCUAGUGGUGCCUUUGAGUUCGAGGCCGAGACUGCUGAUGAAAACGAUUUCUUCCCCAUGCACGUCAAAUUUAGUAAAACUACUCCAUACAUCGAUGUUGAUGUUACCUCUGUUUCUUUGAUUGAUGAGAACGAGGAAGUAACGUUUUCCAAGGAGAUCAAGUCAAACGCGGACAAUUUCGCUAUUGAGUAG